UUGAUUUACGUAUUUAUUCUCAUUUUAGUGUUCAAUCAUCGUCCCGACAUCAAGUCAGAUAAUAUUUCACUACUAAGUUAAUUUCAAGCGGAUUUUCAUUUUCCGUGGCUAUUUAUUUCACUAUACAUUUUUGGACAACAAAUAAAGGCAUGUUGGAAGAAAACGAAGUAGUUAUAUCAGGAAUUUCUGGGCGAUUCCCAGAAUGUAGCUCUACUGAAGAAUUUAAGCAAAAAUUGUACAAUAACGCUGAUUUAUUGACUGUUGAUAAAAGAAGAUGGUCCCCAGGCAUGUAUGGAGUUCCACCGAGAACAGGAAAAUUAAAGGAAAUAAGCAAGUUUGACGCAGAGUUUUUUGGAAUUCAUUCAAAACUGGCUAAUGCCAUGGAUGUACAACUAAGAAUUUUACUCGAGGUUACACACGAAGCAAUAGUCGAUGCAGGAGUUAACCCACAGGAUAUACGUGGAACAAGAACGGGGGUGUACGUUGGUAUGAUGACCACCGAAUCGUCGGAUUAUUUUGAACGUACACCAGAAAAAAUGUCUGGAUAUGAAACUAUCGGUGCAAUUAGAUCUAUGCUGGCUAACAGGCUUUCAUUUCAGUUCAAUUUUAAUGGUCCGAGUGCUGCCAUUGAUACUGCAUGUUCGAGCGCGUUAUUUUGUCUACACGAAGCCAUAACUGCGAUACAGACGGGCCAAUGCGAUGCAGCUAUUGUUGCAGGAACUAAUUUGCUCUUAAAACCGGCUGUUUCAGUCAUGUAUCAUCGGUAUAAUAUGCUUAGUCCUACUGGAACAAGUAGACCUUUUGACAUUGGUGCUAAUGGUUACGUAAGAAGUGAAGCUAUUAUUGCUCUUUACAUAAGAAAAUCGUCAGAUGCCAAACGUAUAUACGCGACUGUCGUAGGAACGUCGACCAAUACCGAUGGGUUCAAAAUCGAAGGCGCAACAUAUCCUUCACAGUCAGUGCAAAGUCGGCUAAUCAGAGAUACUUACGCUCGUGCAAAUUUAAAUCCCAGUGAUGUCCAUUAUGUCGAAGCUCACGGAACAGGGACCGGUGUUGGAGACAAACAAGAGUUGAACGCCAUUUCGGAUGUAUUUUGUGUUGGCCGUAAAACUCCUUUGCUUGUUGGCUCAGUUAAAUCAAAUGUGGGCCACGCAGAACCAGUAUCGGGUUUAGUAUCGAUAGCUAAGGUGCUUUAUGUAUUGGAAACAGGGAUUAUUCCUGCUAAUAUUAAUUUUGAAACACUGAACCACAAUAUUCCAAAACUCGUUAGUGGAGAACUGAAGGUUGUUGAUAAGCAAACACCAUUACCAGGAAAUAUGGUUUCUAUUAAUUCAUUUGGCGUUGGAGGUACAAACGUUCAUGUUAUUCUAAGAGGUAACGAUAAAAAAGCGCAUGCAACGCCGUUGCCAGCACUUGAAAUUCCGAGGCUAGUAUUUUUGUCAGGACGAACUAGAGACGCAUUGACUGAACAAUUUGAGACCGUAGAGAGCUAUGCGGAUAACAAUGAUCUUUUAUCUUUGAUUGAUGAUAUUUACAAAUCUCCGAUUCCCGGUUACAAGUUUUCUGGAUACUCAAUUCUCGGGGAAACUCCUCGGAAUGUUGAAAUAGCUCAAGGAAACGUUCCCGGUGAUAAAAGGCCAAUCUACUUCAUUUUUCCAGGAAUGGGAAGUCAAUCGUUAGAUUUAGUCGCUGAUUUAGUGAAGUUUAAAGUUUUUAAACAAACUGUAGACACUGCACAUUCAAUUUUAAUUCCAUACAACUUUAGUGUUAAUGAUUUAUUUUAUAAAUCCGAUGAAAAUACUUUUAAAAGUAUAGUCAAUGUUACGAUCACAAUUAUUAUUGUCCAGAUAGGUCUUGUUGAUAUCUUACGCUCGCUUGGUAUCAACCCCGAUGGUAUCAUUGGCCAUUCAGUUGGUGAACUUGCGUGUGCAUAUGCAGAUGGUUGCUUCACUUUGGAAGAAGCAUUGAUGACAAUGUACUGGAGGUCUAAAAUUUUAACACAAAUUAACGUUCCAGCUGGAGCUAUGGUUGCAGUAGGACUAUCGUGGGAAGAGAUGCAAAAAAGACUUCCCGCUGGUAUAAUCGCUGCUUGUCAUAACAGUGCAGACAGUGUUACUAUUUCAGGACCUAAAGACGUAACUUUGAAAUUUGCCGAAACUCUAAGACAAGAAGGUAUAUUCGCUAAGCCCGUAGACUCGAUGGGAUAUGCUUUUCAUUCACCAUACCUACAUGAACUUAUACCGUUGUUAAAACCGUAUUAUGAUAAGAUAAUGGCCAAUCCUAAACCAAGAUCCAGUCGAUGGAAAAGUACUACAUUUCCCGAACACAAAUGGAAUACACAGGAAGCCCAGUGCUCGUCAGCGGAUUACCAUUUAAAUAAUAUAAGCUCACCGGUAUACUUUCAUGGUGCAAUGAAGCAUGUACCUGAAAAUGCUAUAGCGAUUGAAAUUGCCCCUCAUUGUUUAUUACAAGCUAUUUUGAAAAGAUCACUCUCUCCUACAGUUACAAAUGUCAGUUUGACUAAAAAAACGGUUUCAAAUCAUGUGAAAUUCUUAUUGGAAGCAAUUGGAAAGUUAUAUAUUGCCGGAGCAGAGCCGCAAUUAAAAAAAUUGUAUGGGAAAGUUGAGUACCCAGUAGUUAGAGGAACUCCAAUGAUAUCUCCAAUGUUGAAGUGGGAUCAUUCAAACGACUAUGUAGUGCCCAAUUUCGUCGAAAAAAGUUCUGGUUCAGAUGAUAAUCAAGUUGAAGUUGAUAUAAAAACAGAUGAAAAUAAAUAUUUAAUCGGACAUACUAUUGAUGGUCGUGUACUGUAUCCAGCUGCAGGAUAUAUAACAUUAGUGUGGAAAGCUAUUGCCAAAUUACAAGCGAAAUGGUAUGAAGAUGUUCCAGUCAUUUUCCAUAAUAUAAGAUUUCUUAGGCCAACAGUUCUUAAUAUUGAGGGCAGUGUUCUGUUCAACAUUAACAUACUUAAUGGAUCAGGCGAGUUUGAGCUCCUAGAAGGAGGGUCUUUAACAGUUUCGGGUUGUGUAAAAUUACUAAACGAAAGUUCUGAAGAAAAUCAAAUGGAACAUCUCACUACCAUUUCAGAACAAAUGGAUUUGAAUUCUGAUGAUUUUUACAAGGAAUUGAGACUUCGUGGAUAUCAGUAUAAAGAUGAAUUUUUAGGUUUUGUGAAAGCAAACACAGAAGGAUCCAAAGGUAAAGUUGCGUGGACUGGAAAUUGGGUAUCGUAUAUUGAUACACUUUUACAAUUUGAACUUAUAUCUAUCAAAACUAGAGAACUUCGUUUACCAACUUACAUCAAAGAAGUUAUAAUUGACCCCGUGUACCAUAAGCAAGUAGCUAAAGGAUUGUUUAACAGUAAAGAAAUUGAAGUAAACCAUUUUAGCUAUGCUAAAACAACGCAAUCGGGUGGAGUUACUAUUUCUAAUUUGAAAGUGACACCGGCUCCUUUGAAAAAGAAUGCACAACUUCCAGCCACUCUGGAACGUCACUCGUUUAUUCCGUUCACGUAUACAUCAAAAGACUUAUCUACGUACGAGGUUCUUUACUCUUUGAUUGGUUUAUUCAUGGAAAACAUAGGAGUACACCAUGUUAAAGCAGCAGAAGUCCACAACAAGAGCGUAUUGGCUUUCGAUAUUGUUCAAAUAAUAGAAGCAGAAGCAAAUUUUUAUGUGAACUAUACAGUUCUUUCGAACAAGCCAGUUAAUAUCGAUCAAAGCAAAUUAUCGUCAUUGGAUAUUGAGAUUGUUGAGUUCAAUAUCCAAAAUGCAUCGUUGCCUGAUGAAUACCAUUUGAUAGUUGCCGACGAUAUUCAGUUUGAUGGUACAUUAUUGGGUAAAAUUUCUGCGGCUCUAGCUCCGAGAGGAUUUGUUCUUUUGGUCGAAAAUACGGAUGCCAUUUCUACGUCAACACUGACAUCAUUUAAUCUCCAAAUGGUGACUGUUAUUGAAAACGAUAAUAAGAAAUACUUCCUCUUAAAAAAAGUUUCUCCUAAAUACGAGUACUCAAUUUUCAACAUCGAGGAUGAACAGUUUUCGUGGGUUGAAUCAUUGAAAAAAGAACUAGCCGAUAUUAAAGGAAAUACAAACAAAAAAGUUGUAGUUUAUAGUGAUAAAAAUAUCAACGGUGUUCUUGGGCUGUCUAAAUGUUUAGUAGAAGAAUUUAGUGGUGAAGAAAAUCCCAUUAGGUGCAUACUCGCCGAGCCUGGUAAAAAAUAUACUUUGAAAGAUUUUGCCACACUGCUUGAAAUCGAUUUGUUCUUUAACGUGGAAAGAUAUGGAAUUUGGGGAUCCUACAGACAUUUACCGAUCGAUGCAAGACUUGCUUCAAUUGUUCAAACAGCUGAUGCUCAAGUGUCCGUACUUUCCAAGGGUGAUCUGACAACACUUCAAUGGGUUCAAUCUUCAAAAUAUUCCAACAGUUACGACAGCAAUGAUUCCAUAAAAAUAUCAUAUGCUAGUGUUAAUAAUGUCGAUUUAGCAGCAAUUUCUUCAAUGAAAACUGAUUUUGGAGUAGAGUUUUCCGGUAUUAAAACAAAUGGUCAAAAGGUAAUGGGAUUGGUUAAAACUGGCGCUCUUUCAACGACAGUCAAUCAGAAGAAUGCUCUUUUAUGGAAUGUACCCUCAAAUUGGACUUUGAGACAAGCCGCCACUGUCCCAUACUCUUACUAUGUGGCCACCUACGCUCUAAUUCAAAAAGGGAAUUUAUCGGAAUCUAAGAAUGUGUUGGUAUUUAUUAGUGAAAAUAGUGUAAGCUUUGCGGCUAUAUCCAUUGCACUCUCUUUCAAGUGCAAAGUGUUUGUCAUAGCUGAAACUAAUGAGCAACUUGAAGUUAUUAAAACCACCUACCCAGAAGUGAGUCAGUUUUCAACUACAAGGUUUGAUGCAAAGUUUAUUCACACGGUUUUAAAGUUGACACUAAAUAAAGGAGUUGAUUACGCUAUUCUGUCCAAAUAUUGUUCCAAUCGUCUGCCAGAAUUGCUUGCUGAUAAUGCAAAAAUCAUCAACACCGAAAAUACAGAUGUUUCAGUUUUAACAAAUUCACAAAAUGGGUUUGGAGUUGUGUCAGCUAAAUUUGAAGAUAUUCCUAUUUUAAAUAAUUCGUCUGUUGACAAUAUUUAUUCAUUCAUAGAAUCAAGAUUAAAACUUGACGUCGUAAAGCCUCUACCGUUCACUAUUUAUCAAUAUUCUGAUGUCGAGUCUGCUUUCAGAUCAUACGCUAGUAAUAAGACUGGAAAUAAGAUAAUCGUUGAAGUGACUGGGGAGUCUCCAAGAUUAAACUUUCCAGCAUACCGACGGGUGUACUUUGAUCCAAGCAAAAGUUACAUACUAUCAGGUGGUCUUGGUGGAUUUGGAAUGGAACUCACUGAGUGGGCUAUUGAACGCGGGGCAAGAAAUAUUAUUCUCUGUUCUCGGAGUGGAAUUCAAACUGGAUACCAGAAAUAUAGGUUAAAUAUUUGGAAAAGCCAAAAUAUCAAAGUGGAAAUCGGCACAUUUGACCUCACUACAUUGUCGGGAGCUAAGGAUACUGUUGAAUUGGCCCUCAGUUUAGGACCACUUGGUGGAAUUUUCAACUUAGCGGGGGUUUUGAGAGACGGAAUCUUUGAAAACCAAACAGUUGAAAACUUCCAAACCGUAUACAACAGUAAAGUCUUAACCACUAAAUAUUUAGACGAAGCUUCGGAAGGCGUUAGCAAGGAUUUGGAAUAUUUCGUCACAUUUUCCUCCAUUUCGUGUGGCCGGGGUAACAGAGGACAAACCAAUUAUGGUUAUGCAAACUCCAUCAUGGAACGAAUUUCAGAGCAAAGACAAAAACGAGGUCUGCCAGCGCAAUCUAUUCAAUGGGGAGGCAUCGGUGACGUCGGAAUGGCUUAUUUAUUAACUCGUGGGAACGAAGAAAAAGAAAUCAAUGGAACUCUGGCCCAAAAAAUAUCGUCUUGCCUAGCGGCGUUGGAUACGUUAUUAACACAAAGUUCAGCCGUCGUUGCUUCGCAUGUGAUACCAACCAAAAGAAAACUGACGGAAAAUUCAAAAUCACAAUCGCUCACAGAAAUUGUUUCCGGAAUUAUGGGGAUUCAAGAUCCGCAUUCUGUUAAGCCUACGUCUACCUUAGCUGACUUAGGAAUGGAUUCCUUGAUGGGAGUUGACAUCAAACAGACGAUUGAACGUAUGUUUGGACUCACCUUGAACAAUACCCAAAUUCAACAGCUGAAGUUUAGUGAAUUGGAUAAUGUUGGUACUAACUGAAACUAUAUUUACAAAUUUUCAUUGACAAUGUUAAAGAACAACAUAUUUGAAUUAGUUUCUUUUUUUUGUAACUAUUAUAUUAAUGUACUAUGUUGCCUAUUGUUUAAAACUAUAUUUAACCAUAUAAUGACUUGAGUUAAUAUAGGAAUUAAUAAUAUCCAUGAAAUUUAAAUGGGCCUCCUAAAGACACCAUAAUAUACACUUAUAUAAAUAGGUAAUGUACCUAAAUAGAGCUUGAUUUGUGGGAGGAGUCACGGCUACAUGGGGCACAUAUCGCUAGGCGUCCACAAUAGUAUUUUAUCCUAAGCUAUAAACUAUAAUUAAUACGUUUUUUAAAUUUAUAUUUGUACAAAUACUUACUUACCUACUUUAUAUUUUUUUACAAUUUAAGACAUAUUAUUAUUUAGAU